CUGGCUGGUCAUGGCGUUGCGGACUGUCCGAAACUUACCCUGUUUUUUAAGUGUACUCGGCGUGUUUCUCCUCAGCAGUGGCCCAUACCGGGUCGUCUCAUGUCCGAGCCGCUGUUUAUGUUUCCGUACCACUGUCAGAUGUAUGCAUUUAAACCUGGAAUCAGUGCCCGCUGUUCUUCCUCAGACAACAAUCCUAGAUCUGAGAUUCAACAAAAUCAAGGAUUUACAGCCAGGAUCCCUCAGACGAUUAAAAAACCUCAAUACACUGCUUUUAAAUAACAACCACAUUAGAAGAAUCCCAAGAGGAGCCUUUGAAGAUUUGGAAAACCUAAAAUAUCUCUAUUUGUACAAGAAUGAAAUCCAGGCGAUAGACAGAGAAGCUUUUAAGGGGCUCGUCUCUCUAGAACAGCUAUACCUGCACUUCAACAACAUUGAGUCAUUGGAGCCGGAGUCUUUCUCUCAUCUACCCAAGCUGGAGCGGCUGUUUCUGCACAAUAACAGAAUUACUCAUCUUGCAUUAGGAACCUUCUCCCACCUGCAGUCCAUGAAGAGACUGCGCCUCGACUCGAACUCACUGCACUGUGACUGUGAACUGCUGUGGUUGGCCGAUCUGUUGAAGCAGUACGCAGAGUCCGGUAACGCUCAAGCCGCAGCUACAUGCGACUAUCCCAGCCGCUUGCAGGGACGCUCGGUCGCAACUCUCACUGCAGAGGAGCUCAACUGUGAAGUUCCCCGGAUCACAUCUGAGCCGCAAGAUGUUGACGUAACCUCUGGGAACACUGUGUACUUCACAUGCAGGGCAGAAGGCAACCCCAAACCUCAGAUCAUCUGGCUCAGAAACAACAAUGCUCUGAACAUGAGGGACGACACACGUCUCAAUCUUCUGGAAGAUGGGACCCUGAUGAUCCAGGACACGCGGGAGACAGACCAGGGCGUGUAUCAGUGCAUGGCCAAAAACGUGGCUGGAGAGGUGAAGACCUCAGAGGUCCGCUUGCGAUACUUCAGAUCACCAUCUCGACCUAGUUUCGUGAUCCAGCCGCAGAAUACAGAGGUUCUGGUCGGGGAGAGCGUGACCCUGGAGUGCAGUGCGACGGGCCAGCCGCAGCCCCGCGUGACCUGGACUAAAGGAGACCACAUGGCCCUCCCAGUGGACCCCCGCAUCAACAUCACUCCUUCAGGAGGUCUCUACAUCCAGAACGUCAAUCAGGCCGAUGGGGGACAGUACACCUGCUUCGCAAGCAACAACGUAGACACCAUCCACGCCACUGCGUAUAUUAUAGUACAGGCUCGUCCUCAGUUCACAGUGACCCCUCAGGACCAGUCUGUGCUGGAGGGUCAUACAGUUGAGUUUCCCUGCGAGGCCAGCGGCUAUCCUCAGCCUGUCAUAGCAUGGACUCGCGGCGGCAGCUCCCUGCCUAAUGACAGACGGCACGUUGUUCUCUCAUCGGGCAGCUUGCGCAUCAGCCGCGUGGCCCUUCAUGACCAGGGCCAGUACGAGUGCCAGGCGGUCAGUCCUGUUGGCACUGUCAGAGCAGCUGUUCAUCUAAACAUCCUGCAAACCGUAACGCCUGUUUUCACAAGCGCUCCAAGGGAUACGACUGUGGAGUCUGGAUCAGAUGUCCAGAUUCCGUGCAGCGCGCAGGGUGAGCCCACACCUAUCAUCACAUGGAGCAAGGAUGGAGUCCAGAUUACAGAGAGUGGGAAGUUUCAUAUCAGUCCAGAUGGCUAUCUGGAAGUGCAUGACGUGGGGCUUGCCGAUGGGGGACGUUAUGAGUGUGUAGCCCGCAACUCCAUUGGAUAUUCCUCAUCUAGUAUGGUGCUAACAGUGCAAGUCCCGCAAGUGAGCAGGGAGGGUGAUCCGUUUGUCUCGACGUCUCUUGAAGAGGCUAUUCGGAGCAUAAACAGCGCAAUAGACUCCACCAGGAGGCAGCUCUUUGACGGAUCUCCUCGUACCCCUGCCGAGCUUCUGGCUCUGUUUCGUUACCCCCGGGACCCCUACACAGUGGAGCAGGCCAGAGCUGGAGAGAUUUUUGAGCAGACCCUACUUCUCAUCCAGAGGCAUGUCAAUCAGGGCCUCAUGGUGGACACUAAUGGAACAGCCUACCGCUACAAUGACUUGGUGUCGCCACGUUUCCUGGAUAUGAUAGCUAACCUGUCUGGCUGCACGGCCCAUCGGCGCUUCAACAAUUGCUCGGAUAUCUGCUUCCACCAGAAGUAUCGCACCCACGAUGGCACUUGCAACAACCUGCAGCACCCUAUGUGGGGCGCCUCGCUCACUGCUUUUGAGCGCUUACUAAAGCCCGUCUACGACAAUGGCUUCAAUCUCCCACGUGGCGCCACUGAACGAAGGCAUAACAGCUUCCCUCUGCCUCUUCCACGCCUGGUCUCCACCACCAUGAUUGGGACGGAGACCAUCACCCCAGACGAUCGCUACACACACAUGCUUAUGCAAUGGGGCCAGUUCCUUGACCACGACCUGGAUUCAACCGUUGUAUCCCUCAGCCAGUCUCGUUUCUCCGAUGGACAGUUGUGUACCUCGGUGUGCACCAAUGACCCACCUUGUUUUCCAAUCAUGUUCCCUCCUGACGAUCCACGGCAGCGGCGCAAUGGAGCACGUUGCAUGUUCUUUGUGCGCUCUAGUCCUGUUUGCGGCAGUGGAAUGACCUCUCUGCUUAUGAACUCUGUGUAUCCACGCGAGCAGAUGAACCAGCUCACCUCCUACAUCGAUGCCUCCAAUGUUUACGGCAGCUCACAGCAUGAGGCAGAAGAGAUCCGUGACUUGGCCAGCCAUCGGGGCAUGUUGCGGCAGGGUAUUGUGCAACGCACCGGCAAGCCAUUGCUCCCCUUUGCAACUGGCCCACCAACAGAGUGCAUGCGGGACGAAAAUGAAAGUCCCAUUCCUUGCUUCCUAGCUGGGGACCAUCGUGCAAAUGAGCAGCUUGGGUUGACGGCUAUGCACACGGUUUGGUUCCGUGAACAUAACCGCAUAGCCAGCGAGUUGCUACGUCUCAACCCCCAUUGGGAUGGCGACACCAUUUACCAUGAGGCACGGAAGAUAGUCGGAGCCCAAAUGCAGCAUAUAACCUACAGCCACUGGUUGCCCAAAAUACUGGGCGAGGCUGGCAUGAGGCUAAUGGGUGACUAUAAUGGCUAUAAUCCCAAUAUUAAUGCUGGCAUCCUCAAUGCUUUUGCCACUGCUGCCUUCCGCUUUGGCCAUACGCUCAUUAACCCCAUUCUGUACCGGCUCGACGAAAACUUUCAGCCCAUCCAGCAAGGACACAUUUCGCUGCAUAAGGCUUUUUUCUCACCUUUCCGUAUUGUGAACGAAGGAGGCAUCGAUCCUCUGCUCCGUGGCUUGUUUGGAGUGGCGGGGAAAAUGCGAGUGUCCACUCAACUGCUUAACACCGAACUUACCGAACGCCUUUUCUCGAUGGCGCACUCCGUGGCGCUUGACCUUGCUGCCAUGAAUAUCCAAAGGGGACGUGACCAUGGUAUGCCACCUUACAAUGACUACCGGGUGUUCUGCAACCUGACGUCCGCGCAGACGUUUGAUGAUCUAAGGAAUGAGAUUCAGAACCCCAGCGUGCGAGAAAAGCUUCAAAGGCUGUAUGGCACACCUCAGAAUAUUGACCUGUUUCCUGCGCUGAUGGCUGAAGAGCUGGUGCCUGGCAGCAGACUGGGACCGACCCUCAUGUGUUUACUGGCAACCCAGUUCAAGCGUCUCAGAGAUGGUGACCGGUUUUGGUAUGAGAACCCUGGGUCCUUUAGCCCUGCUCAGUUGACCCAACUGAAGCAGACGUCUCUCGCCCGGGUGCUGUGUGACAAUAGUGACAACAUCACCCGAAUCCAGUCAGAUGUCUUUAGCGUGGCUAAAUUCCCUCACGGCUAUGGAAGCUGUGACGAUUUACCAAAGAUUGACCUCCGUAUGUGGCAGGACUGCUGUGAAGACUGCCGUACUAAAGGUCAGUUCAAUGCCCUGUCGUACCACUUCAGAGGCCGCAGGUCAGCUGAGCACAGCUAUGCAGAGGAGAAACCUGCCAGCAACCUCACCGACAACAGCAGCGCUUUAGAAGAAGCUCUAACUGCAGUAAACAUAACUGUAUCACCAAAGUCAAGCACUGAACCCUCCAUUAAGGAUUUCCAAGACUUUGUUGCUGACAUGCAGAAAACUAUCACAAGUUUACGAAAACAGAUAAAAAGACUUGAAGGCCGUCUGAGCAGGACAGGCUGUGCAGAUGAGGACGGGAGAGAGCGAGUAGAUGGAGAGAGUUGGAAGAAGAACCCCUGCACCACCUGUCAGUGUCAUGAGGCCCAGGUGACGUGUUUCGUGGAAAAGUGUCCGCAGACAGCAUGUCUGAAGCCAGUGACGCCCAAAGGCUCAUGCUGCCCCGUGUGCCUCAACCAGCCGUCACAACCGCAGGAUAACGAGCGCCACGUAUAACCUCAGGACACUUAACCAAUGUGACCUUGAGCUCAUGCCUCCAUUUGUUCGAUAGUUGCGUUUCAGGGUUUUUUGUUGUUUGUCAUGUAUUGGUAUUUUUGUUUGCAUAUCCUCAGAUGCCCUAAACAAAGAACCAAAAAUACACUGCCUUAAAAAGUGUUUGAACAGAUGAAUGUUGGGGCCCUGUUUUCCUCCUCAGGCAUGUUAACCGGGAGACGACUACCCAAAGUGUUCAUUUACGAGACCGAGGAUGGGCGGCUCCGGUCCUGGAGGGACACUUUCCUGCAGAGUUCAGCUCUAUCACUAAUCAAACACACCAAACCAAAGUCUUGAAAAUUACAGUCAGUUGCAUUCAAAAAAUAUUUAUGUUUAAAUUUUAGAUUUACAUAUUUGAAUUGCAUAUAAAAUUUCUGUGCAUUUGGACUGCUAGUAGCGUCAAUGCGAUACAUAUUUGUCAGUUAUACUUCAAUGAAACGGGUAAGAUUUCUAAACUGAAUACGCAGUAACCAGGUUUAUAUAUUUAUCAUCAUUACAUUUAAUGUGUUUCAAUCUCAUACAUUCUAACUAACUGAUUAUUGCUUGUUCCAGAGGUAAUCAUAUUUUAACCAUGUUCAUACUUAUAAUAAAUGUAAUUGUUUUCACCAUGACCAGAUUUAUGCUUAUUCUGAGCAAAAUCAAUUAAUGCAUUUUGAAAAUAUUCAUGUUUAGAUCAAAUCAAAUAGAUGCAGAGUUACAAAUAAACUGUGCCAUGAUUUUUUUGAGUGCCGAAAUCUGCAUUUUGAGUGCAUCACAGUUUAUUAGUUGAUGUUAAAACUGUAUAAAACAACUGGAUUGAAAUUUGAUACGCAAUUCAAAUGCAUAACUCUUAAAUUUAGGCCUAAAUGUGUUUGUUUGACUGGGGACGGAGCUGAACUCUCCACUCCAGGACCGGAGUUUCUCAUUUCUGGUUGUUUUACGGAAGAAGCAUUCUCAGGUUUGGGAUGCUGAAGAACUGGUGCUAUCUUACUCCAUUUAAGUGAUUUACCCGAGUCUCAAGAGUGUUGUUUUAUGCAUUUAAUUGUUUUGCAAUAUGCAAUGCACCAUACAGUAUAUACACUCAUUAUGAGCUUUUUAAAACUGCACUUGAGCGAAAACCCUUCGUUUUGUAGUUACGCUAAAGAAAUUGUAAACCUUACUCAUACUUUUACUUUGUUUAUGGUGCAUAGUAUCAUAUUCUGGACAUAUGUAGAAUAUUAGGUCCCGCUUUUUAUCUUCCUCUCACGUGGAGAAAAAUGUGAAUACCUUGAAAUCAAUCUUUGCAAUGGGGAAAAAACUCUACUGAUCACCAAAUGUUUGUUUCCCUUGGCAACUGCGGGUUUUCUGAGACCUGGUGUUAUUUGCUUUAUCUUGACAGAAAGCUGUUCUAGAUGUUUUUGGUUUGGGAGCGACUGAGGUGAAGUGUUUUGGGAAGUGCAGCACUGAGCUGACGUCAGGCUCUCUUUUAGGGUGUUACUGUACUUUUCUGUAAUGCUCUGUUCUACCGGCCCAGUAUUUAUAUUCUUGUCAUGAAUGAAGGUCCAGAUGUUUCCUUCCUUUUCAAACAGUGUUCAGAGAGAUGUAAACAGUUGUGCCUCAUCACAAUACAUCACUUGAAACACACUACUCUCUCAGCAUCCAGUGUUCAAUUCUAUUCAUAUUCGUUCACUCAGCAGAUGCUUUUAUCCAGCAGAAGAGCAAUAUUUGAGAUGAGAGUUGCAUUUAUGUUCUGAUUCCAUUAACGAUACGUUUUAGUGCUUUUAAGGAAUCACUAAAUAAUCUUGUACCAUUUGAACUGGAUAGGCGUCAUUUGUUUGUGAGUCGUACUACACUGCUCGUGCUGUAUGUUUGUUACUGUGCAGCCAGCAAGGAGUUCACAGUGUUAUCUGUGCUUUUGCCGUUGUGUUUACCCGGUGUUUGUCAUGUUCAGUUCAGACUGAAGACUCAAGUUUUGCUUUGAUGCUGUGGAAAAUCUUGUUUAGUAGCUUGGUGUGAUGUCCCAAUCAUAUCAGUAGAAGUGUUGCACUGGUGAGACGUCUGAGCUGUGGUGUGUUUUUGAGUUUAGUUUUUGUUUUUUUGGAGUCUGACUCAUCGAGUCUCACUGAAAUUGAAAGCCAUAUCCUGAGCUGCACUGCUGCUCCUCUCUAAACAUUCCACUGUAUGAAACGCCAUUGAAUCACCAUUACAAUUACUGUCUGCUUGUACGCUUGCAGUCGUACUGGUUAGUGAUUGGGAAAGUGGCUGCUAUUGUGUUGAGAGCAGCUGAAUUUUUGGCUGUUAUUUUAUCAUUUGCGACUGCAUUCAACUCUUUUAUCUCUGUUGUGUGACUCUAUAUCAGUGUUUUAUUACUCCCAAACGGCCUUCCUUCCUUCCUAAAUGAUCGAACAACCUCUUGAAGAUCUUCCCCCAAACCAAACUGUGCACACAUUGCCAUGGACAUGCACUGCCCUGCAAGACUAAACAUGCUCAAGUGGUCAAAAUGAUUCUUAUAUUUUGUAUUGUAUUUUUGCCAAAGACUGUUUGCACUGCAACGUAUGCCUUUCAACAAUAAAAAUGGCCACAUAUG